CUUGACAUCACGUUAUUGUCGGCGAAGCGCUGACCGACUGACUAAGUUGCUUCGCCUCCCCUCAUCUACCCCCAAGAGACAACUCUUGUCAACCCCCUCUUUCAUCCACCUUCACGUCUGUUUCCUUAUUCUUCUCUCUGCGUCCAUUUCAAUUAAAACCAUAGUCGAUCAAGUCUAGUUGUCGACAUCAUGCAGAUCUUCGUCAAAACCCUCACCGGCAAGACCAUCACUCUUGAGGUCGAGUCCAGCGACACUAUCGACAAUGUGAAGACCAAGAUCCAGGACAAGGAGGGCAUCCCUCCUGACCAGCAGCGCUUGAUCUUCGCCGGCAAGCAGCUCGAGGACGGCCGUACCCUUUCCGACUACAACAUUCAGAAGGAAUCCACUCUGCACCUCGUGCUCCGUCUGCGUGGUGGAAUGCAGAUUUUUGUCAAGACUCUUACCGGCAAGACCAUCACUCUCGAAGUCGAGUCCAGCGACACCAUCGACAAUGUGAAGACCAAGAUCCAGGACAAGGAGGGCAUCCCUCCUGACCAGCAGCGCUUGAUCUUCGCCGGCAAGCAACUCGAGGACGGCCGUACAUUGUCUGACUACAAUAUCCAGAAGGAAUCUACCCUUCACUUGGUCCUCCGCCUUCGUGGUGGUAUGCAAAUAUUCGUUAAGACCCUCACCGGAAAGACGAUCACGUUGGAGGUGGAAUCUUCAGAUACAAUCGACAAUGUGAAGUCGAAGAUUCAGGACAAGGAGGGUAUUCCUCCUGACCAGCAGCGUCUCAUUUUUGCCGGAAAGCAGCUUGAGGAUGGACGGACGCUUUCUGAUUAUAACAUUCAGAAAGAGUCCACACUUCACCUCGUCCUUCGUCUUCGUGGUGGUAUGCAGAUCUUUGUCAAGACACUUACUGGGAAGACUAUCACAUUAGAAGUUGAGAGCUCAGACACGAUCGACAAUGUUAAGACGAAAAUCCAAGACAAAGAGGGAAUCCCGCCAGACCAGCAGCGUCUUAUCUUCGCUGGUAAGCAGCUCGAGGAUGGACGUACGCUCUCGGAUUAUAAUAUCCAGAAGGAGAGUACUCUCCACCUGGUCCUCCGUCUCCGCGGCGGCAAUUAAUGACUCUCUUUGAUUUCGAUCUUACGGCUCAUCUACGGGUUAGCCAACCUGCGCGGCGUUGGAUGGGUUUCUUAUUCUUCACGGUUAAUCUGGGCAAGCCUUAUACCUUCUUUGUUGCCUCACAUGUCACCUUGACGGUGUUAUGAUAGUUCUAUCCUUUAUCUACUGAAUGAAACACAUAGACUGUUUCUUGCACUUUGA